AUGUUGAAAUCGAAUGGUGGAAAAGUGGUUCCUUAUUUUAAGUGGGGUGUGAAGAAAGGAGUGGGAAGGACAAACAAAAACGUCCAGUUCUUUGAAUCAUUUACCUAUGAAGGGAUCGAGUACAGGCUUUUCGACUGUGCUUAUUUCUUCGUUGAUGGUCAAUGCGAGACUUCAAUUGGGAAGCUUGUUAGGAUGUAUGAGACAUCAACAGGUGAGAAAUUAGUCAAGGUCAUGUGGUUUUUCCGACCUAGUGACAUCCGCAGCUUCUUGGGAGGAUAUGAGCCACAAUGGGAUGAGUUGUUUCUGGCUUGUGGUGAUGAGGAAGGGGUUUACAAUAUCAACAAUGUGGAUGCGAUCAUAGGGAAAUGCAAUGUCUUAUGUGAUUCAGAGGACCAAAGAAACCCACGACCAUCAAGAAAUGACUUGAGGAAUGCUAACUAUGUCUUCUCUCGCACCUUCGAUACAAAACGUAGAAUUAUAUCAAAACACUUUCCUGAUGGAAUAGCUGGAAUUGGAGUGGAGAAAUUAUUCAACAAGAUAAGAGAUAAACAGCCACUUAAGCCUCCAUACCCAAGCGGAGCUGCCAGUACCAGGUCUUCUCCAGUGAAAUCUCUGUAUUCAGGGUCGGGAUCGACAAAGUUAGGAAGAAAUGAUAACAGAGAUGGAAAGCUGAUCAGUAGACCAAUCCCGGACCGUUCUGAUCCUUUACAUGUGAAGAAGAACCCUCUCUAUACUGAAAGCACGUCAAGAGAUCUGAAAACCAAAACCAGAGCAGUGGAGAAGCUUCAUGCUUCAGGUUCAUCACUCGAUCCCCAUCCUUCUAAAAAGAGGAAACUUAAACGUAACACGCCAGAAAGAGAUGUUUUCGAUGAUUCAGCCCCUCAACCAAGAGAACAGAGACUCGUUAGAAAUCCUCCUCUUGUAGAAAAAGCUCCAAGUCAGAACAUUGAUAAAAACAGCUGGUACAAGAAACUGCCUUUUGAGGAAGAACUAAAAGCAGCUAUGGUAAAAGGAAGGUGGCUCUUAAUUGAAAACCUGGAACCAUCAUUCACAUCGCUGGAGGUGGAGGAUCUUUGUAGGCAAGCUUUCAACGAAAGGGUUAAUGCAAAGAUGAUCCCCUCGAGUAAUCUGUCUAGUCCACAUAUUGGCAGGGCCCUUGUGAUUUUUGGAACCACAAAGGCAGCUGAUUAUGCCAUGUCGCGGUUAACCGAAGGGUGCCUGAUGUUAUCUGACCAAAGGCCUCUAGUGGGUAGCAGAACGGUCCCAAAGGAUAUCGGAGAAUGUAGAAGCUUUACUGGACAUUUUAGCCUGGUGCGUAAAGGUUGGAUGUCAUUUGAGAAGAGAAAGGCCGUUGCUACAUCACACUGCGCGCAAUCGAACCACAUCGUAUGCCAUAUGGCCUUGCAAUGGUUUGGCCUACAGAGGAAGUCAGAAUUGAUUUUAAAGAGGCUAUUCAAGCAACAAGCCAAGGAGAUUAACAACAUUAAGAGUAAAAAGUAUCAAGAAACCAGAAGAUAA